AUGGAGGGGAUCAAAGAAUUUGCAAUAGCUUACUAUGAAAGAGCAACUGAAGAGGAAAAGAAAAAAGCACAAGAAUACUUCAACGAGUUGGAUCGAAACAGAGACGGAAAAGUCAGCUUAUUGGAGUUCAAGAAGUCUGUGAGUUCAUGGUUAUCAAGUGAGAAAGUAUUCAAACAACUUGAUGCAAAGGGGAAAUUCGAACACGAGCACUCAAUCAGAUACUUCUUCGAUCACCAUUCUCUGCUUAGGUGGUUCAUGUAUCGUAGGGGAAAGGAAGAAAGGACUCAAGAGAAGGUGAAUCGUAGGGUAAACGAAGAAAGUACUCAAGAGAAGAGAGAGAUGGAAGAGUUGCGCAAGAUUGCAAUAGCUCAUUUUCAAGCAGGUUCUCAACAAGUUCAGGCUAAAGCACAAGAAUUCUUCAAUUCUAUGGAUAGUGACGGCGAUGGGAAGAUUGAUCUGCAUGAGUUCCUAGCAUUCGUGAGUCAGGAAGGCCUUCCCCAGAUGCAUAAUCCUUGCUUUUUCAAGAAGUUAGAUAGAGAUGGGAAUGGCACACUGGAUUUCAGGGAGUCUACUAAAUGUGAUCACAAUCACAACGGUCGCACUCAGUUUUUGGACAACUACACAUUGCUCCAAGCCAAACAAGAUUCAUCACUGGCAAUACGGAUUAAUUCAAACAAGGUACAUCCUCCAAAUCCAAGCCAUGGUACUGUUUCAACAGCAAUUGUUCCAGCACGUAAAGUGAACAAAUGGAAUGCAGCAUUAAAAGCAUUUGAGGUAGCCCUGGCCAUUGGAAAUAUCUCUGCUACUAUGUGUACAAUCUUAUGA